UUCUAUCCAAAAAUACUCUUAUUUUUCGCCACUCCCUUGCAUAAAAUAUUUAUAUCUCUAUACAGUGUGAUGGAUGUUCUUGGAAUCAUGUUUAUCCCCUCCUACUUUUUUAUAUUAUAGUCAUUCUCUCUCUUAUAAUUCUGAAUUCGAGGGCCGUAAAAGAGAGAGGUACUGAUUAAAGCCAUUACCUUGUAUCCUUAAUCAAGCAAGCUGUAUCUGUAACUGAUCGGAGAAACACACAUCGAAGAAGAGAGAACAUGGGGAGGGCUCCUUGCUGUGAUAAAGCAAACGUGAAGAAAGGACCUUGGUCCCCAGAAGAAGAUGCCAAACUCAAGUCCUACAUCGAACAGCAUGGAACUGGUGGAAACUGGAUCGCUUUGCCUCAGAAGAUCGGGCUAAAGAGAUGUGGGAAGAGUUGUCGACUGAGGUGGCUAAACUAUCUUCGACCAAAUAUCAAGCAUGGGGGUUUCUCGGAAGAAGAAGACAACAUUAUUUGCAGCCUUUACGUUAGUAUUGGAAGCAGGUGGUCGGUGAUAGCAGCACAAUUGCCGGGAAGAACGGACAACGACAUAAAGAACUACUGGAACACAAAGCUGAAGAAGAAGCUUCUGGGUAAUAAGCACCGUAAAGAUCAACAAUCACGUAGUAAGAGCAAGCUGGAAGCUAAUAGAAUCACCUCUCCCAAUUCCUUAUUAGUUCCUGAAAAUUCUACAAAUACUAUUUUUCCACAACCAUAUUGGCCACUCAUGCCCGUGAUAACUCCCUUGCAAUAUUCAAAUCAAGACCCAUGUUUCAACGAUCAAGAUUCCAUCAAAAAAUUGCUUAUGAAACUGGGAGGAAGAUUUUCCGAUGAGGAUGAUCACGAUUAUCACCCUACCCUCGAUGCUUUGAAUAUUAAUCCCAAUCUAUUCCCAGAUGGUACUCCCUGCGCACAACCAGUCUGCGAAGAACAAUCAGAUAUGGCUUCUUCUUCCUCUUGCAUGAUAAAUAACGGUACGAUAGUUAACAACAAUCAGAUGGAAUUGGCCCAAGAGACCGGAGGACUUGAUGAGAUAGUAUGCAGUAAUAGUACUUAUGCUUAUCCACAAAGAUUAGAGGGACUCGAAUUGUUGUUUGGGGAUGACAUGAUGGUCAAUGACAAGAUAGCCCCACCUGCGGAUACCAACUCUCUCAUUUAUCAAUCUUUUGUUUCUUCCAAUUACCAGGACAUGCCACAGCACACCCCACAACAAUGUGCUUUCCCAGAGUUAAGGUUUAACCGGCCAUAGUUAUUUUUUCAUAACGGUACUGCAAGAAGAAUUUAAACCUUGUCUUUUUCAUUCCGUGGAUAAUACAAUCUGCGGUAUAUAUGUGUAUGUAUGCAUAGGUAGAGAUCGGUUUGCCCACUCUAUUCUCAAUUGUUCCAUCAGCACUACUCACACUCGAGGUUUGUUAAUUUAUUUCUUGAUGAUGAGACGUAUUUGGACUGCUAUAUAUUAAUGAUAUAAUAUUCUUCCUGUGCCUCACUAUAA